AUGAGGGAAGAUGGUAAAUAUCUAGAAGAUGCUGAUUUAACCGAAGAGGAAAUCAAAACUGUUCUUUAUGAAAUUGCAGAAGGUAAAAAAACCCUCGCUAGUGAAAAAAAAGCUGAUGAAACUAAUGGGGAUGAAAAUCAGAAUCAAGACCAACCCUUGGAUAGUUGGUUUAAAUUUGGUGAAGGUAAUUAUGGUAAACCCUCGCUAUUUUAUGGAGGAUGUUUACUAGCAAUAGCGGGAACAGCUAGUGCGAUAUUUUGGCAACGAAUCAGCGAAUGA